AGCACGUGGGACUCGGCGCUGUCCAGCCGGCCCAGGGAGAGCACACCGCCCCUGGGGCGGAGCGCGCCUGCGCGGGCGGCUGCGGCGCCUCUCCAGCUGCAAACAGCUGGCGCGGGCCCGGCAGCAGCGCGCGCGCUGCGAGGUGGCGAAGAAGCAGCGGCAGCGGCGAGGAGGAGGAGGAGGAUGGAGGCAGCGGGCGGCGGCGGCGGCGUGGUGGUGGAGCCCAUGCCGGGCUACGAGGAGCUGGUGCGGCGCAGCUACGCGAGCCUGGCCGGGGCGCUGCGCGGCUGCUCGGACUGCGGCUGGGAGCGGGCGCGGCGCGCCUGGGCCGAGAGCGUCUGCCUGUCCUGGGGGGAGCCGCUGCUCUGCCUGCUGGGCGCCCUCGCCCUCACCCUCCUGCGCCGCGCCGCCACCCGCCGCCUCUUCCAGCCCUUCGCAGAGUGGUGCCAGUUGCUUCCCAAAGAUGCCGCCAAGAUGCCAGAAAGCGCCUGGAAGCUGGCCUACUACAUGCUCUCCUGGUCCUACAGCGCCUACCUGCUCUUCUUCACCAAUUACCCAUUUUUCCACGACCCUCCUUCAGUUUUUUAUGACUGGAAGAGGGGCAUGGAGGUGCCGCUGGACAUCGCCGGGGCCUACCUGCUGCAAGGCAGCUUCUACAGCCAUUCUAUCUACGCGGCCCUGUACAUGGAUGCCUGGCGCAAAGACUCCGUCAUCAUGCUGGUUCACCACGUGGUCACCUUGAUGCUCAUCGUGUUCUCCUACAUGUUAAGGUACCACAAUGUGGGGAUUCUUGUGCUCUUCCUUCAUGACAUCAGCGACAUCCAGCUGGAAUUCACCAAGCUCAACGUCUACUUCAAGUAUCGUGGCGGAGUCUACCACCAGCUGAACGACAUCAUCUCCAAUGCUGGCUGCAUCUCUUUCAGUGUCAGCUGCAGGUUCUGGUUCCGCCUGUACUGGUUCCCCCUCAAGGUGCUGUACGCCACUUGUCACUCCAGUCUCCGGUCUGUCCCGGAUAUUCCUUUUUACUUCUUCUUCAAUGCUUUGCUGUUUGUCCUCACUCUGAUGAAUAUCUAUUGGUUCUUGUACAUCAUCCUUUUCGUGGCAAAAGUCUUCCUGGGGGAGGUUCGGGAGGUGAACGACGUGCGAGAAUACGACUUGGAUGACGGGAAGAAAGUCGCAGUAGCCGCCAAGAUGAAAGAUGGACCGACCCUCAGCUCCUGGAAGGAAGGGAAACACUUGAAGAACGGGAUGGUGAAAGACAAGCGGUUAUGAUCGACCCGCAGCAGUGUGUGGGGCAAGCCCCAGCCGGCUCUGGAGUCCUGCCCUGCCCUCUUCCGUCCACUCCAGGCCCGUGGUGUGAGCUGCAGAGAGGGAGACGCUCCCGAUGUUGAAGCUGGCAGCGGCUGACCCGCGGGGGUUCGAUCGUCUUGCGUUUGGCUUGGGGCCCGGGUUCCUUUGACAGUGUGUGGGGGUUGAAGCAGUCGGGAGGCCCACGGAGCAGUGCUUUCUCUGGGUUAUUCUGCCGGCAAUAGCACCUUCUCGGCAUUUCACGGAAGCCUGGCAGAUAAGCCCACCACGAAAGUGCCCGCCUGUUCCAGAAAGCAGUUCCUCCCCUGAUCCUCCCCACCACCACCACCACCACCCCACUCCAUCCAUGUGAUGGUGUUGCAAAGACUAGCUCUGCCCUGCGGGGCCUUCUUCAGGGUGGGCCCCAAGCCUGCUUCUUCCUUUCCUCUUGCCUCCAGAGCUUGAUUUGUUCUCAGAGAGGAGGAGGUGGGGUCCCAGCAGAAGCCCAUCAGGAGAGGAGAGAGUGCACACGCACGCGAAUCUGUGAUAUUUUGGGCCUGCUGCUGGCAGCUGAGGACGACUUUUCCCCGCCAUGCCCUGUGUCACUUUUAUCACUGUCCCUUUCCUGUUUGAUAGGUCAUCUUUGCAGACCCUGGCCGGAGAGGGAAAGGGAUGCUGUGUCGUAUCUCAGGGGUGCGUUUCUUCCCCACACUGAGAGUUCAGUUGUGCAUAUUAUGAAAAGCCUUCUCAGAGGACAGGUGUAGCGGUUGAAUAGAGCCUCCAUUUUCAAGAGUAGUUUACCUCUGAAUAUCGCUAUACUGGGUAGCCACAGCAGCUGAGGGUGUUGCUAUUGAAUCUGUAGGCAUCUGGCAGCCAUGAUAGUUAGAUGGAGCUUCCAUAUGCACCAGCUGUUUGGGACAAAACGGAGAGCAUUGUUGCCUUUGUGUCCUGCUCGUAGGCCCUUGGCUAGUCACACAGGAUGUUGGAUUUAGAUGGGCCUUGGGUCUGAUCCAGCAAGAGAGUUCUACCAGUAGAUUCCACCCACAGUGGAGCCUCCAUGUUCAGGAAUUGCAUACCCCUAAAUAGUAGAUGCUGGGGGUCUUUGAGAGCACACUACUCUCGACUCCUGCCCCCGCUUUUAACCACUCACCAUGACAUUUGGAACACACCCACCUCUAGCUUCUGAGGCUGCAGCAGACACUGCUGACACACUUCUGAGCAUGUACUAAGGACCAGCUUCUUGCCUUUUUAAUUAUUUUUUAAAAGCAAACUCAGAUUCUGCAACAAAUAUGCUAUUCUGUGCUUGUCCUGUGGAAUCAUUUAUUUAUUAUUUAUUUAUCAAAUUCUGUAUGCCGCCCCAAACUUUUGUGUCUGAGCAGUUUACAGCAACAUAAGACAAGUUAAAACAGAGGAAGUGAAAACCGUAAAACAGUUUAAAAUCACAGUCAAAUUAAAAAGCUUGGGAAAAGAGAUAAGCCUUUUUAGAAGUUGUUAGAGAUGGGGAGGCUCUUAUUUCAGCAGGGAGCACAUUCCAGGGGGAAGCAACAGAGAAGGCCCAGCCCUGAGUAGCCACCAGACGAGCCAAUGGCAACUUCAGACGGAUCUCUUCGAAUGAUCUCAACAGGCUGUGGGACUCAUGGCAAAGAAGACGUUCUCUUAAAUACUCUGGGCCUAAGCUAUUUCGGGCUUUAUAGGUUAUAACCAGCACUUUGUAUUUUGCCUGGAAAUGUAUCGGCAGCUAGUGUAGCUCUUUUAUAGUAUAGGAAUAAUAUGGUCUCUUCGAGAUGACCCAGAGAUAGGGAUGUGUAUAAAACCGAAAAAGCCGGUUCAGUCCGAGUCCAUUUCAGACUCGAGCCGACCUGGCCCAGUUUGAUUCCGUGCACACUCAAACCAGAUCCGGUUCAAGUUCGGACUCGGCCUGUUCAAAAGGCUCGGAGGCCUGCUGGUCAAGGAGAAUCGUGUAAGGUUUCCCCUUUACCAAUAAAGGGCAAGGGGGCGGGCAGGGAGACUUCCAUAGAAGUAGAGCUGGCGGAAGGGAAGUAAAAAGGUAUUUUAGAAGUACCUUUUCGGGAAAGGUACUUAGAGGUAAAGGUAAAGUGUGUCGUUGAAUUGGUGUUUUCUUCUGGAGCCCACAGAGCCCUGUGGUUGUCUUUGGUAGAAUACAGGAGGGGUUGACCAUUGCCUCUUCCCACGCAGUAUGAGAUGAUGCCUUUCAGCAUCUUCCUAGAUCGCUGCUGCCUGAUAUAGGUGUUUCCCAUCGUCUGGGAAACAUACCAGCGGGGAUUUGAACCGGCAACCUCUGGCUUCUAGUCAAGUCAUUUCCCGCUGCGCCAAAGUACCCCCCCCCCCAUUUAAUAGCAAAGGGGAAUCCAAGCUGGCUCAGUUCGAAUCGGGGCCUGUUCGGUCAAACCUUGGACUGAACUGGGCCCGGUUCAGCACGACCCAAGCCCUUUAAGCCGAGACUCAAGCCUGGCUCGAUUCAAGUUGGCUCGCACACCCCUACCUAGAGACCAACCUGGCUACAGAGCUCUGGUGGUAAAUAAAUAACUAUGCUCAGUCCUCAGACCAAAUCUGUUCUGUGGCUACGGUAUCCCUGUGGGCUCUGGAAACUGGCAAGAAACCUGUGGAGCUGUGUAUCUUCCAGGUCCUUGACCAACAAAACUAAGCUCUGCUCUGUUGGGUGUUUCCCAGAAGAAAAUGAAGGUUGUAGAAUGAUUAAAUGUGAACGUGUGUGUUUGUGUUGUUUUUUAGUGGGAACAUUUUUUUAAAGUACAGGCUUUAGGAGCUACACUAGAUUCUACGUUGGGAAAUUUUGAUUUUUGAAGGUCAGAGGUUAAUAGAAGUUUGGGGGCAGACAAAUAGGUCAAGCCCUCUCCCUUUCUGUCCCUCUUGCGUGGCCAAAAACCCGUGUGAGGCACGUUGGAAUCUCCCAGCAUCUAAGUGUGUGGAAUCGCCCUGAUUUCACAUAUGGGGUACAAAUGGGAAUAAUCAAGGUAUUAUGUGAUCUUUUCUGGCUUUAGCCUCAGCUGGGGCACAAACAUGUGGGUUUUGACUCCUCAAAGGAGAUUUUGUAAUUUUUAAAUUAUUAAAAGCUGCUUUGGGUCCAGCUGAUAUUAACAUGGAGGUGUCUUCCUGUUUGGUGUGUGGACAGAAUUAACAAAUCCAGUUUCAAGUUUGCCUCGUCUCCUGACACUGUCCUAACAUGAUCUUGCUUCCGAUCUCACAGGGGCGAAUCACACACUCAUGUCUGGUUUUCGUGUUAUUUACAUGCCAAUUAUUUUGUGGAGGGAUUCUCAUUAAAGUUAACACGUCUUGUAAGA